UCAGUAAACGUAAUACAUUGGAUCAACUAACGAAAAUAAUGAAUUGAUUAACAUCGCUUUGUUGUUCUAAUAAAACCAAGAAUUGGACAAAUUUUAAGUAUUGCUUUUGUUGCCUGAAUUAUCAUUUUUAUUAAUAUUACAUACUUUUUUCGUUGAGUGAAAUUAGAAAGGAGUGAUAGCAGAGAACAAUAACCACAUGUUCUCUGGUGAUACAUUGACAACAAAAACCAAACUGAAUAUAAAAAUGUACAUGGUACGAGAAAACAGUUUUCAGAAUCUUAUUUUAUAAUUUCAUUAUUUUUUAGACAAAAUGCCACCGAAACGAUUAUCGACUUCGAAGACUGAUAAAAAGAGAUGCCGAAAAUCAGUCACACUAGGAACUAAACUGGAAGUAUUACGUCGUAUUGAAGCUGGAGAGAAAAUUGUUGAAAUUUACAAAGCAAUGGGACUUCCGAAAUCUACUAUUCAAACUAUUCGCGAUCAAAAAGAAUACAUUAAAACAUAUUUGCAAUCUGGUGUACCUUUAGAUGUCUCGAGAUUAACACGCCAAAGAAACUGGAUUAUGGAAAAAAUGGAAGAACUAUUGAUUAUAUGGAUUGAGGACAAUAACACACGGAGAAUUCCAAUGAGUCCAAUGACUAUCCAGGAAAAAGCUUUACGUAUUUUCGAAAAGUUGAAGAAAGAAGAUACCGAGGAAUCUGUUGAAGAUGUCACAUUUAAAGCAAGCCGCGGAUGGUUUGAAAAUUUUAAAAAGAGAUUUAAUUUGCAUAAUUUGGAAAUGAAAGGUGAAGCAGCUAGCGCUCAUUAGGUAGCAUCUACAGAAUUUCCCAACAGUUUAAAGGAAAUUAUUGAAAGCGAUGGUUAUAAUCCUCCAUGUUUAACGUAGACGAAACAAGGUUUUAUUGGAAGCGAAUGCUUGAUCGCGCGUACAUUUAAUUAUUUUAUUCUUCUUUUUCUUCUUCUUCUUCUUGUUCCUGCAUCCUUAAUAAGCUCGCGCCUGUUCCGUCUUCGGAUGCCUCCUCAUCAGAUAUCCAGUUUGUCACUCCAUCUCUUCCUUGGCCUUCCUAUACUCCUUUGGCCGUUUGGUGAUCUAUCUCGUGCUAUCUUUACCAGUCUUCCUUCUCCCAUUCUGCUUAUAUGGCUAUACCAUUAUAUUUUUCUUUUCAGUGUCCAGUCAUUUAUGUUCUCUACAUUACAGCUUUGCCUGAGGUCUGCUCUACGUUGUCUGCUCCAUAAUGAUUUUCCUGUGAAAUCUCGGGAUUAUUUUCAUUUCAAAAAAUCCACGAGGAAAAUAAAAUUCCUGUAGCUGGCUGUAUACCAUAAAUCACAAAAAAUACAGGAUCCUUUGUAAAAGGUAUAUUUAAAAGACCCCUAUAAGGGUUACAUCACA